AAACAAACACAUUUUCAUUUUCCUUAAUUAACCAAAACCCAUGCAUCAUUUUUUAUCUCUAAUCUCUAAUUAAUCCAUUUUCUCUUUCUCUUUCUCAAAAUCAAAACAUAGCACACGUUGCUAUUCUCCUCUCAUUCUUAUUCUUCCUCCGUCGUGAUUGCUUUCAUUGCAACCGAGUCAUCCGCGGCGGCGAUUCGUGAUGACUCGGCGUUGCUCUCACUGCAGCAACAACGGCCAUAACUCACGGACAUGUCCGUCGAGAACAGCCGCCGCCGGCGGGGUCAAGCUUUUUGGUGUUAGAUUAACCGAUGGAUCAAUCAUCAAGAAAAGUGCGAGUAUGGGAAACCUAAACCUCGCCGCUCUUCAUCAUUCUUCUUCUUCUUCAUCGCUGAACCCCGGUUCAUCGUUGAAUCCCGGCUCACCUUGUUUUGAACCGCCGCAUGACCCGGAUGGUUAUUUGUCUGAUGACCCGGUUCAUGCUUCUUCUGCUUUCGCUACCCGCCGCAGCGAAAGAAAAAAAGGUGUUCCAUGGACUGAGGAAGAACAUAGAUUGUUCUUGGUUGGUCUCCAAAAGCUAGGCAAAGGAGACUGGCGAGGGAUAGCACGUAAUUUUGUUGUGUCAAGGACCCCUACUCAAGUAGCAAGUCAUGCACAAAAGUACUUUAUCCGACAGAGUAAUGCUACCAGGAGGAAGAGACGUUCCAGUCUUUUCGACAUGGCUCCUGAUGUGUGUCCAGAUUCAACUUCGAUGCCAGAAGAGCAAGUACUACUUCCACCUUCUGAGAACUCACAACCUUGUAAUGGAAAAUCACAACCAUCACUAAAUCUGUCUCUCAAGUCAGAAUAUGAACCAAUGGAAACUACAUCAGAAGAAAAUAUAGAAGAGGCCAAUGAGACUACAAUGGGAUCAAAUGGAUUCACACCAAUGACUCAAGGAUUCUUCCCACCUUAUUUACCUGCCUCAUUUUCCAUAUGGCCAUCAAUUGGAGCUCCCUUUGAAGAAGUCAACAGAGGAGAGACAUCACAUCAUCAGGUCCUCAAGCCAAUACCAGUCAUUCCAAAGGAACCUGUCAAUGUUGAUGAGCUUGUGGGAAUGUCUCAUCUGAGCAUUGGGGAAACACGGGUUCUUGAUAGAGAGCCUUCCCCCCUUUCCUUGAAGUUGUUAGGAGAGCCCUCAAGGCAAUCAGCAUUCCAUGCAAAUGCUCCAGUUGGUGGUUCUGAUCUAAACAGUGGCAAGAACAACGCCAUUCAAGCGGUUUGAGGCUUUCAAAGUCUGGUGAAGACAGUAGUAACUAAGCCUUCUUUUGGUCAUCUUUCAUUUGUGCUAUAAUAUAUAACUUUUUUUUUUUUGUUUUCUCUAAGCCAUAGUGUUUAACUUCUAAGUAGUAAGAAGUCACAUGGUGUUAUGUAGCUCAGGUUAGAUCAAUUCUUGGCAAAUAUUUAUUCUUUCUAACUGUAAACAAAAAUCAAGUUUAAAUAAUCAAAUAUAGCCAAGAGGUCCAUGUUCCUCUCGGUUCGGCUAUAAUUGUUGGCUGCCCAACACCAUA